GAUUUCCUGCACUUGUUAAGCUUUUUCCCUUGCUCCUUUUACGAUAUCGAAAGUGAACCGUUUUACUCACAGGCUGCGAACCAUGGCAUUGCAUGAUUCAACCGUUGGAUACGUAAAUUGAAACUCCCAGAAGACAAUAUGUUCGGAGGGUGUUCUGGGUAUAUUAACCCUUUCUCUCUCUGUGCCCCCCGUUUCAUUUUCCUAUCUACGCUUGAUACAUCAAUUUCGUCGACCACCAGCAACACACAGCAACAGCAACACUCUUGACAUCGACCUCACAAGCGUAGACACACUCCCUCUUCAACACCAGCACUCUUCAUCAGGAGCUUGUCACCCACAAGCUUCUCGUUGACAACAGCAUCCUCCCAUCACUUGAUCACCUUGUCACCCUCCCCACAUAUCUCUCCGACACCCAGAGAUACAGUCAGAAUGGCCGACACUGUUAAACAGUGCCCAAUGUGCCAAAAGCGUCUGGGAGCCGACCCUUCAAACUUCCGCAGGCACCAGAGAAGAUGCCAGGGCGUGAGGUACCCUUGCGGGAUCUGCCAUCGACAAUUCAGCCGCCGUGACAACCUCAAACGGCAUAUAGAGGCUCACAAGGAGCAAGCCAAUCCUGGUGCGGGCGGCGCCAUCCCUCCCGCCAAUGCUAACGGCAAUGGCCAGGCCUUGCCGGUCGCUGAUGUGGUCGGUGCCAGCCAACAGCCUCAGUUGGCAGCGGCACAGACGCCCACCCAGCGGCCGGCCCAAGAGCCACCCGUCCUCGAGUGGGCGCAAGUAGAGCCCGUCCUCCGGUUGGCGCAAGUACAGCCCGAGGCCCAACAGCACGCGGUCCUUUACUGGCCGCAAGUACAGCACCCGGUCCAAAGGCGGCCGGUCCCUGAGAUGUCGGUGCCAGCCCAGGCCCCACUGGGUGUACAAGACUUCGACCUCAACGACGUCGACCUCAACAACGUCGACUUCACCGCGAUGCUGGACCAGAGUUGGGAGCCUCCGUCCUCAUUGUCAUCGAUGGUACCUAUGGCAAUACCAUCAACGGACUCUGGGUACGCAACGUACUCGGAUCCGUCCAAUGGGGCCGUCGUUGACGAGGCCCUCCCCCCUCUGCGCGACGUGGCAUGGAAUGAAUUCCUGCACUCCGAUUGAGAGUCGGCGCUUGCGCAAGCAGGGCUAUGAAGGAGUGGCAUGACUGGUGUCCCCUCGAAUCCGGGUUGAAAUCCUGGUGAAGGCACCGUCGUCAAAUGCUAAGCUGACCCCAUUGUUGCAACCUCGAAUCCGGGUUCAAAUCCUGGUGAGGGCAUCGGCAACAACAAUCAUCAACAUCAAGCCACUA